GACUAUUUUCUCCCAGCAUUCAAUUUCAAGAUGGAUGCGCCCUUGCGAAUGCAAGUGCUUGGAAGAAUAGGCAAUAUCAUUUAUCAUCAUUCACAAUUAAAAACAACGCUACUGUCAGGUAGAAAGAUACCAUAUCUUAGACUACAUACAAACUCUUUCACAGAAAAAUAUCUUUUAAGAUGUAUGAACUCAACGGUUAAUAAUGUAUUCAGACAUACAUAUUCAAGCACUGCAGCACAAUAUGAACAGACAGGGCUUAAAUUAGCUUUUCGAUGUCAAGAUAAUAACCCAGCAAAUCAUACAAUUGAUCAGGAAGGUCUAUUUUAUACUGUGUCAAGUGAAGACUACAAGAGAUAUUUACAUAAGGCGAUAAAUACAGAAUUUAGUGCACAGGUAAAAGUAUUUGCUGAAUCCUGUAUCAUGAUCAGAAAGCCAGCCUUAGAAAUGAUAGAUUAUAUACGAAAUAGUGAUCCUAAUAGACCUGUAGCAAGAGCUAUUUUUUAUGGUCAUACUGGAGCUGGUAAAACUAUGAGUUUAUGUCAUGUAAUACAUUAUUGUUCUACGGAAAAUUGGUUAAUAGUUCAUGUACCGUGGCCUGCAAAGUGGAAUAAAAGAAAUAGGGAAAUUGCUGUGUCUCCUUUUAAAGAGGGGCGUAUCGAUUUACCAUUAGAUGCUGCCGAAUGGUUACUUCACUUCCGCACACAAAAUAUAGAUUUACUAAAAGAACUCACAUGUCAGUUUUCAUAUACAUGGAGUAAAAGAGAGUCAACAGAACCUGGAACUCCUCUAAUAGAUAUUGUCGAUUUUGGUUUAAGUCGUAAUAAAUUCGCAUCCGAUUGUGUUGGUGUUUUAAUGAAAGAAGUGAAAAAAUAUGCUUGUGAUAAAAGAGUAAAAGUUUUAGUUGCUAUAGAUGGGGUCAAUGGUUUAUAUUCACAAUGUGCUUUGAAAACAGAAGAAAAGGAAAAUGUUCUAAUAGAAAAUGUAUCCUUAGUUCGUACCUUUCGGAAAUUGCUGCACAAUGAUUGGUCUAAUGGUUUUGUAGUUUGUACAGUUGAUAUAAACGCCAGUCAUUAUAGCACCAGAGAAAAUCACACACCAAGAUAUUUAUUAGGCAAGCAGGGAUUUGAAGUAAUGGACCCAUUCAUACCUGUGCUGGUACCGAUAUAUACAGAUAAAGAGAUUUACAGUUGUUUAUGCUAUUACUCUGAUAGGAAUUGGAUUCAACAUCCUAAUGGUAAAACUGAUGAAGGUUUAAAAGAAAUUAUCUUUUUAAGUAAUCACAAUCCAUAUACAUUAGCCAGAGUAUGCUCCUCUAGAUAAUAUAUAGUUUCAAAGACAAGAAUAAAGUGGACAGACAUAAUACUUUUAUUGUGCUACAUAAACAUGUGAAUAUUCAUCAGUUGACAUGAGUUCAUAAUGUGAUGUGUUAUAGUGACUAUAGAGAUAUGUAUUUAUGAAAUAAAUAGACAUUUUGUUGAA